CCCUCGCGGAUUGAGGCUGCCCUCGGCGCUGCCUGAACUGCUGUGCGCGCCUCCGGGCGUGAUUUUGCAUUAUCUGGACAGGAUCGGCAGAUUCUGGAUUUCAGCUGUUAUCCUGGCUGCGGAUGGCAGCGUAAGAGGCGCUGAAGUGAUGAUUCUGUGGCCUCCUGGAGCUCCAGCGUCGCUCAGGACAAGCCGCGCAGGGACCUUGGGCCCGGGCCUCUUCCCGUCAAGAUGGCGGCGCCCAGCGCGCACGGCGUCUGGGUAGCUGCAGGUUAACCUCCUGCCUUGGAGCCAGCCGGGGGCUGCGCUGCUGUCUUUGAAACGCCCGCCAUCUGGGUUUCCCGGCCAGCGCUGGGACCUUUUAUGCUAUUUUCUGCUGUGGCUGUCUUGAUUUUGCAUUUCUACCAGCAAGUGCCCAGAGAUUCCAGUCUCCACCUAGGAGGACUACCAAUGAGAAGGCUGCCACCAGAUUCUGACCCUUGAGCCUCCAAGACUGUGAACCAAAUAACCUCUUUAUAAAGUUGUUGAGCCUCAGACUCAACUUCCUGCCCCUAAAGUGAAGCUACGAAGCCAGCAGAGCUUCAGAUCUGUGAGAAGUUUCUACAAUGAUCUGUUCAGCCCUCAUCAGAGUUGCCCAUGAGGGCCUCUGCCUGGUGAGGAAGGCCACUCAUGUCUGCAGAUUCCAUCAGCACCGGGCCUGGGGCUCAAAGCCUGUUGCAUCAGAGUUUGCUGCCCGAGGAGCUCCAGGCAUUGUGGUGGAGCUCUUGGGCAAAUCCUACCCUCAGGACGAUCACACCAACCUGACUCAGAAGGUCCUCUCCAAGGUCGGCAGAAAUCUACACAACCAGGAGCAGCACCCUCUGUGGCUGAUCAAGGAGCGGGUGAAGGAGCACUUCUACAGCCACUAUGUGGGCCGCUCUGGGACCCCACUGUUCUCUGUCUAUGACCAGCUUUCUCCAGUGGUCACCACCUGGCAGAACUUUGAUAGUCUUCUCAUCCCUGGUGAUCACCCCAGCAGGAAGAAGGGGGACAACUAUUACCUGAAUCGGACACACAUGCUGAGAGCACACACAUCUGCACACCAGUGGGACUUACUGCAUGCGGGGCUGGAUGCCUUCCUGGUGGUCGGUGAUGUCUACCGGCGUGACCAGAUUGAUUCUCAGCACUACCCAGUUUUCCAUCAGCUGGAGGGCGUCCGGCUCUUCUCCAAGCAUGAGUUAUUUGCUGGUGUAAAAGAUGGAGAAAGCCUGCAGCUCUUCGAACAGAGUUUUCGCUCUGCCCAUAAACAAGAAACACACACCAUGGAGGCCAUGAAGCUUGUAGAGUUUGACCUUAAGCAAGUGCUGACUAAGCUUGUGUCACAUCUUUUUGGAGAUGAGCUGGAGGUCCGGUGGGUGGACUGCUACUUUCCUUUCACUCAUCCUUCCUUCGAGAUGGAAAUCAACUUCCAUGGAGAAUGGCUAGAAGUUCUUGGCUGCGGGGUGAUGGAACAGCGGCUUGUCAAUUCAGCUGGUGCUCAUGAUCAAAUCGGCUGGGCUUUUGGCCUAGGGUUAGAAAGACUGGCUAUGAUCCUCUACGACAUCCCUGACAUCCGCCUCUUCUGGAGUGAGGACGAGCGUUUCCUGAAGCAGUUCCACGUGUCAGACAUCAAUCAGAGGGUGAAGUUUCAGCCUCUUAGCAAAUACCCUGCUGUGCUCAAUGACAUUUCCUUCUGGCUGCCCUCGGAGAAUUACACAGAGAAUGAUUUCUAUGACUUAGUCCGAACAAUUGGUGGAGACCUGGUGGAAAAGGUUGAGCUUAUAGACAAGUUUGAACAUCCAAAGACACACAGGACAAGCCACUGCUACCGAAUCACCUACCGCCACAUGGAGCGGACACUGUCCCAGAAGGAAGUCAACAGUGUCCACCAGGCAGUGCAGCAGGCUGCAGUGCAGCUGCUGGGUGUGGAAGGCCGCUUUUGAUGUCAUGGCUUCACCCUGGCUGCAGCAUUUGGAAAGGAGAAGGCAUUGUGAAUUAGAGUAUCAGUCAUCAUUUGAUAAAUGGGUCUGCUUUAGAACUUUCAGGAAAUAAAGGCUCUCUCUUGAGAAAGUGUU